AUGUCCAACAGGGAUCGUCCACCACCAGAGCCUGCUGGGCUGGAUGGUCUGCCGCCACUGUACAGCAUUUCCAAGGGAGAAGUGGUCUCUGUGCAAACCUACGGAGCUUUUGUCCGUCUGCCAGGAUACAAGAAGGAAGGCCUGGUACAUGUGAGUGAAAUGUCAGCAUCACGGGUUGAAAAUGCCUCAGAGAUUGUCGAUGUUGGGGAACAGGUGUGGAUUAAAGUAAUUGGAAGAGAGAUUCAGGGUGACAAGGUGAAGUUGUCCUUCUCCAUGAAAGCUGUCAACCAGGGAACGGGGCGGGACUUAGACCCCAACAAUGUCAUGGCAGAGCAGGAUGCGAGACGACGUAAGCACUUUCGAGACGAAACUGGCAACAGGAUCACACUGGAGGCUGUGCUCAACACUACGUGUUCAAAGUGCGGCUGCAAGGGUCACUUUACAAAGGACUGUUUCUCUGCUCCGGGCCUGCAAUACGCACUUUUACCUGAAGAGGACGAUGAAGAGCCACAGCAGCAGCAGCAGCAACAGCAGCAGACCUCCACGGCUACUCUACAGAAAGACUCAGACAAAAAGAAGAAAAAGAAGGUGAAAGAAAAUGAAGAAGAAGAGGAAGAGGGAGAGGAAGGAGUCAGAGAGCGACAGCAGCAGCAGGAGCAGUGACAGUAGCGAAUGCAAAACCAAGAGGAGGCGCCACGACCACAGUCGCGACAGAGAGGACAAAAAGAAGAAGAAACACAAGAAACAUAAAUCUCAUAAACACAGCUGACACAGCAAGAUUCACACAGACACAUACACAUUCACGCAUGCUGCAGCUUUCACACAGACGCAGAAGGGGAAGUGGGGAGCAACAGACAGAGUGACAGACUUCCAGCUGUGUAUCUUUAAAUAAUUUCCCCACCAAAAGCUUAUUAUAGAAACCCUCAUCCAUUUAAGUUAAGGAACGUUUUGCCUAGGGUUAGUCUCUCCAAGUUAUCGGAAGCACAUUUAGACCUCCUAUCAAGUUCAAAAAAAUCUAAAUAGUCAAGAAGGAAAGUGCUGCAAAUACAAAAAAUGAGAUGGCAAGCUCCACUUGUCCUAAAGAAACCUCUUGCUCACCCACAGAGGGAGGAGUUUAUACAUCAUACGAAACCAGAUACGUGUAAGCAAUAUGGCAGUAAGAGGCUAUCCCUCUUGAAAUCCAGAUAUUGUUCACGGCUAUCCGGUUUCUGAUGCUCUGGGAAAUCCAUUAAGCAGACAUGAGACAGUAAAGCCAACUCUCAGGAAGGGUCUGACAUCAAAAUAUUUGAUAUUAAACCACACAGAGAAAGCCGUACACACACACACACUCCCUCAUAGGAAGAGGUAACAGUACAACAGGAAAUGUAAUGUGGCACAAAUGAGUGUGACAGGAACCUCAUGCUAUGGGGAUCUCCUGAGGUUGUUUGCUGCUUAUUGUAUUAUCUGUGUAUACAUCCGUGUGUGUUUGUGUAUCUUGUCUCCAGGGAGCUGCUUACAGUUCACACACCGCUCUUUCUGCAUGUCAACUGUUAAGUUCAUUAAAGGUGUUUUUAUCUGUAAAGGUAGAAAACAAAAAAAUGCCUAUUGAUG